AGCUGAACCCGGUGCCGGUCCCGCUCCACUCUGAUCCAGGAGCCUGCCUCUGAUUGGCUGCAGAGAAACGCGCUCUCUCAGCCCACCCACCGCUCGGUAUACACUCGGCUCUCUCUCUCUUCCUUGCAUUGAGUCUGGGACUGGUCGGCACACAGGGCGCAUCAUGGCAGCUACGCACAACGAGUACCGAGGAGGCUACCUGCGGAGCGACAUGGAGGCCGGGCAGCACCGCUUCCACCCGGGCUCCGAGCCCACUUACCGGCCGCUGCUGUUCGGGACCCUCGCUGUCAUGGGAUUGCUUCAGGUGGCCUCCAGCGUGGCGAUCUUAUUACACCUGACGGGAUAUCUGCAGGAGGUAGAUCUGUCCACGACUCGACACCGGUCCAUUGAGGAAGUGGAGACGGAGCCGGUGCUGAACGCUCUGAGAGACCCGAGGAAACAAAAGCGCUGCAGAAAUCCAAAAGACAGUCUGCCAUCAGCGCAUCUACCGAUCAAAGCGCACCAGGAGUUCUCCAAGAAGGGCGAGCCCAAAGCCGUCACUAUCGACUGGGAUGAGCUGCACGGAUACCACAACAAGAUGGGCUACGAGAAGGGCAAGCUGCUGGUGGAGGAGUCGGGUUUCUACUACAUCUACGCCAAGACCUGCUUCCGCUACUACAAGCUGGAGCCGGAGGACGGCAGCCAGGCCGCGGUGCCGCCGGUGGACGUCAGCAACCGGCAGCUCAUCCAGUACGUCUACCACGAGAAAAUCAAACAGAACAGCAAGUCCGUGCUGCUGAUGAAGACGGGCAGCACCAUGCGCUGGAACAUCACCAGCUACAACAUGUACUGCGCCCAGCAGGGCCGGGGGCUGCGGCUGGAGGACGGGGACGCCUUGUUCGUCACCGUGUCCAACGCCUGGGUGCUGGACCCCGAGGGAGAAGGGACAUACUUCGGGGCCAUCAAGCUGGGUAACUGAGGGUUGAAAAAGAAACACGUGGGGAGCGGACAUGCUACUGAACAUUUGCCAAAGAACCACUGAUUUAUAAUGUUGUUAAAAAGUGUCUGUCGUUAUUGUUUUUGUACUUCACCAAAUAGCCUUGGAGCACUCUAUGAGAAAUACAUGGAAAAGGUUCACCCCCCCCCCUAAAGAAAAUAUGCCACACAAAUUCAUCUUAAAUAGCCCGGGACUCUUUGGCCUCUCUAAACGAAGUGUUGUGACAUUUCAAUACAUUUCAGCUCAGAUUACGACAGUGUUUACGGACUGACUAAACAAACCCUGAGGGAGCAGCCGAGGAAGAAGGGUUGCUGGCGAGACGCACAGCAAGAAAGGGUUUAUCAAUGUUGGAGGAAAUAUCCGGUAGUUACACGGAGCAUCUGGUUGUACUUAGCGGAUUAGCACAGAAUAGAAAAGCAACAGGGCUGACGCACUGAGGCACUGAUCACUCUCCUGAAAUCUAAUAUUUAAGAACUUUAAAGCAAAAGCAGCACAUCUUCUCAUUUAGGAAGCAGGACAUAGUUUUUAUAUUUGGUAGUGAAGCCAAUUCACUUUCUGUUAACCCACUCAUGGUUUUAGUGAUUAGAUAUAAUGUUGGGUUGUUUAAUCUUUACCAAAGCAUCAUAUUUUAAGAGCUUCUCCUAAGUAUUGUGUGUCAAAGUCUGAAUUUAUGAAGUACCUAGUAAAUAAAUCAAUGCAGUGGAGUAAAACGUACAACAUUGGCUUCCAAAAUAUAGUUUUAUAGAAGUACCUUAAAUGUGUACUUGAGUAAAUGUACUUUCCACCACUGGGUAGAUCACCCUGAACAUAGAUCUCCACAUAGAUUCACUUUUUUAAGCAACAGAUCCGAUUAGUUUUGCUCCAGAAACUCAUUUCCUAUCCACCUUUCAGUCCCGUGAGUUUCCCGCUUCAUUGAAGGCGAUUACACGACAAUGUCAUCGUAACCUAAGGAGGGAACGACGUGUGUUUGUUAUGUUUAUGACGAUUUAAAAAGAGAAAAAGGGAUGCAGAUAGCUGGACUGUCUGGCCAUUAAUGACAUGACUCUUGUCUUCUUAAACUAGAGGAGCCGAAUUGACUUUGGUUUCAUCUUUUAACUUAAAUUUUGUUUUUCAUUUGGCUCGACACCGAGGUAAAUGGGAAUAUGCACUAAGUAUUUAUUUAUUAGCUAUAGAAGUACAGAGACGGGUCAUUGAUUAAAUGACCUCUCGACUGUGUAAAACAACCAUUUAUAUUUCUGUAUGUCUGAGUGACAUUCAUUAUGCAGCACUUAGAGGAAAUAGUAGACACGCUUUUUGUAAUUAAAACACAGGGGCUUCAUUUUAAAUUCCAUAUUUAUGUAUCUCGAUUAUUUUUUGUUGACAAUUCUGUGUGCACUCGCCUAGCCAAAAGCAAUAUGGACAUUCUUCUACAAGAUUGUAGCAAACCUGUAAAAUCUUCAUCUGAUUUUCCAUUCGUUGUUUUUAUUUUAUUUAUGUAAUGUAUGUUUUAAUAAAGAAAAGUACUUUUGUAGAA